CCCGCCUCCCGGCGCCCGCGGCCCGGCGGAAAGACCGGAGGCGCCCCGAGUCCCGGGAGGUGGACUUGGCACCCCCGGCUCCGCGGCCCGGGCGCCCCCUCCCUCCCCUCCCGGCAUGGAGUCCGCGGGGCGCGCGCAGGCGGCGCGGGAACGGGUCCCCAGGAUCGAUCCGUACGGGUUUGAAAGGCCUGAGGACUUUGACUAUGCAGCUUAUGAAGAAUUUUUUUCUGCCUAUCUGGCGAUACUCACCAGAAGAGCCAUAAAAUGGUCUAGACUUCUAAAGGGAGGCGGUGGUAUCCAGAAGAGUAUGACACUGAAGCGCUACAUCCGGAAAGGCGUCCCGCUGGAGCACCGGGCCCGCGUCUGGAUGGGGGUGAGCGGAGCCCAGGCCCAGAUGGACCAGAACCCCGGCUACUACCGCCGCCUCCUCCAGGGAGAGAGGGAUGACAGCCUGGAGGAGGCCAUCAGGACAGACAUGAACAGGACCUUCCCUGACAACGUACGGUUCCGGAAGGGCUCGGACCCCUGCCUGCAGAGGACCCUGUACAACGUGCUGCUGGCCUACGGGCACCACAACCGUGGCGUGGGCUACUGCCAGGGAAUGAACUUUCUAGCAGGGUAUCUGAUUCUGGUGACAAGGAGCGAAGAGGAGUCCUUUUGGCUGUUGGACGCCCUUGUUGGCAGAAUCCUCCCGGAUUACUACAGCCCCUCGAUGCUGGGCCUGAAGACGGACCAGGAGGUCCUCGGGGAGCUGGUGAGGACCAAGCUGCCGGCGGUGGCGGCCCUGAUGGACGGUCACGGCCUGCUGUGGACCCUGGUCGUGUCGCGCUGGUUCAUCUGCCUCUUUGUGGACGUCCUGCCCGUGGAGACCGUGCUCCGCGUCUGGGAUUGUCUGUUCAACGAGGGCUCCAAGAUCAUCUUCCGGGUGGCACUGACCCUCAUCAAGCAACAUCAGGCCUUGAUCUUGGAAGCCACCAGCGUCCCCGACAUCUGUGAGAAGUUCAAGGAGAUCACCGGAGGGAGCUUCGUGACCGAAUGCCACACCUUCAUGCAGUCUGCUCACCGACGGCCCCGACCGGCUUCCGAGCUGCUGCGGGCAGUCAAAACGAAAAGAGCCCACACAAGAAGGGCAAAAGCAAAAUCAGGGCUCCUGUGCAGCAACGGACACCGACAGCAGAGCGAAGAGGGAACUCACAGAACAGGAGAGACUGUGCAAACCACGUCUGCUAAGGGGUCAACAUCCAGACACACAGAGACCACAUCGCAACAAGGAGCCAAGGAAUUACAUUUAAAAAUGGGCAGAGUGGACUUCCCUGGUGGCACCGUGGUUGAGAAUCCGCCUGCCAGUGCAGGGGACACGGGUUCGAGCCCUGGUCUGGGAAGAUCCCACAUGCCACGGAGCAACUAAGCCCGUGCGCCACAACGACUGAGCCUGCGCUCUAGAGCCCGCGAGCCACAACUGCUGAGCCCGCGUGCCACAACUACUGAAGCCUGUGCACCUAGAGCCCGUGCUCC